UACGUGUACACCUCCAUGACUUUAUCUCGCCGACAUGGUCACGCCCAUCCUAUAAAAUCACCACACGAGACACUGCUCAAUCAACAACACAUCAUCACAGCCAACCAUCAGCUUUCAUCAUACGAGCAGCUCCUGUCUCAGCAUCAGCACACACAGAUUUUCCCUCGCUCGAGCCAACCUCCGGAUCCAUCAACAAUGGCGAACUCUGUGUCGGGAGUGGCGGUGAGCGAGGAGUGCGUGAAGGUGUUCCAGGAGCUGCGGGCGGAGCGCAAGCACCGGUUCGUGGUGUACAAGAUGGACGACGACGCGGACGCGCAGCAGGUGGUGGUCGACAAGGUGGGCGGCCUGGAGGCCAGCUUCGACGACCUGGCGGCGGCGAUGCCGGCCGACGACUGCCGCUACGCCGUCUACGACCUGGACUUCGUGUCGGAGGACUCGGCGGGGGACACGCCGCGGAGCAAGAUCUUCUUCAUCCACUGGUCGCCGGAGGCGGCCGACUCGAGGAGCAAGAUGGUGUACGCCAGCUCCACGGAGGGGCUCAAGAAGGAGCUGGACGGCGUGCAGAUCGACGUGCAGGCCACCGACGCCAGCGAGCUCACCCUCGACAUCCUCAAGGACUACACCACCUAAUUGAGCUAAUACAUCCAUCCAUCACGCACGCAGGCGACUGGAUCCAAAUAAUGUUCUUCCAUGUGUGAAUGAUUUGAGUGGUUUUUCUCUUCGAGAAUUGAGUGCUUGGUUUAUUCCUUAGCAGAAAAAAAAACAUAAUGACAGCAGUCGAUUUUUUUUUCAGUUUA